CUCUGAGCAGCAUGGCAGACUCUCUGCACAGCCUGUGUCAUCUCCCUCCCAAGACCACCUCACAAACAAUCAAGGACCGAGGCAAGUGGGCAAGCAAAAAAGAGUUCAUCCUAUCCGUGGCUGGUGCUAUAAUUGGACUCGGAAAUGUGUGGAGAUUUCCAUAUCUUUGCUACAAGAAUGGUGGUGGUAAGUGGAACUGUUUAUAACUGUUUAUUUUUAGUGUCAUUUUAGUAUCUCCUUAAAACCUUUUUAAAAAAGUGAAGUUUAAUGUGAUCGAACUGCUUACCAAACUUUUUCAAACUUUUCCAGUUGAUGUUGAGUGAAAUUAGGAAAUUGGUGGUGCUUGGAUUUUUUAAAAUUGGUAUCAUUUCAUUACAAAAGCCUCUGAUUUUUUCUUUCUUUGUUGUUAACUAUUGAAAUAGUUGCUGUUUAGUAUCAAAAGACUGGUGACAGAAAAUCGAAAGACAGAAUUGUGAGAAAUUUUAGAUUUAUACUUAUAUGCGUGAUGAAUGGAAGGAUUUCUUAGAAUUUGAUCACACUAGCUUGGUUUUUUAAAUGUCUGUGUGCUGUUAAAACCCAUUAAUUUUCCCUGUGUCUCCCCUUUGCUUCACAUCUGAUGACUAAGGAUCUGACAGGCUACAAAAGGCUAUGACAAUAACUUAAUACCCAUGUUUAUGCAAGAAGGAGCGUCACAUUGUUUAGUGAAUUCCUCACACAUACAAAUCCCCAUUGUCUCGAGAGAGGUCACAUUGCUAAAAUUUCUGCUGUUUUACAAACUCAAUAGAUUUUACUAAAGUGAUGUUGAUAGCGUAGUUUGAAUAAGUAUGGAUUAAAUCACAAAUGUAAUUUUAUGAUUAUAGUGGAAUCUUUCCCAGGCUGGGGAAGAUUCUGGUCAUUUCACAUGUAAUACGAUCAAUCGGAAGUUAUUUUGAAGAAAUUCUACGCUGGUUCUGUUUGUUUCUUACAUCAAGAGUAAAGAGCAUAGACAAGUUUCACUUGAGUAAUUACACAAACUUUCUAUUUCUACUCCACCACAGCACAUGCAAAUAUUGUACUUUUCAUGGUUUUAAAGAGAGUAAUCAAAUGUUUCUUACUGGUUUAAAAUAAUGUCUCUUUCAUAAAGCAAUGUACUGUUUCUAUGUUACUCACAUUACUCGAAAAUGAAAUCCCAAAAAACAGAUUUUCAAAGCUUCUGUAACCAAACCACAGAGAUGACGAGCCUCGCCCAUACAAUGAUACGCCUUACUGUAUGGGCACAUUGCAAAUUAAACUCCUUAACUGUAAAUAGGAUAAACAAAAGAAGCAAAAGUUUAACAUGUAGCAAAACAAAAGUUGAUCUGCAGCCACAUCCUCCCUUUUGCAUCAAAAAACUACAAGUUUUGGCCUCGCUUUUAGGAAACUGUUGUUUUGUCCAUCAUUUUACACAGUCUAUGAACUCUUAUAAAAACAUUAUUUGUCGAAUUCAGCAACCAUAAAAUAAAAAAUAAAAAAAAACCCUCAACAGUAGAACAAACCACACAACGGAGCCAAAUAGCAAACCUGACAUGUUGGUACAUGGCACAAACAUCUUUGCCAAAUUAUCUCCCUCUUUCAUAAGCUCCUUCCACAUUUUUAAGUCAUAAAUUGACAACUCACUAACAAAAAUUUGGGGGUGGAGCUUUAAAGGUACAGUGUGCAGUGUUUGGAAACAUUUUGCUGCCAGACUUGGCAGAAACUUAAUUUGCCAAAGUAUUUUUAAAUUAGUAAUUCCUCUGAAUGAAUGCAAAAUUCAAUUUGUUUUUGGCAACUUAGAUUGCACCAUCUUGCACUGCCAUUUUCUAUUAUAGCAUAGAAUGCCACGUGUUUAUUUUUUCAUUUAUUUAUUUAUUUUUUGUAUCUAGCAGGUGGUCUUAAAAUGUACUAGUUGGGAAGUGAAGAAGAAAUGUAAGAGAAGUUGUUGUUUCCAGUAGAAAAAAUUGGAUCCACAGACAUUUCUGAUGUUAUGAAACUAGGGAGCCACACUUACCAAGCAGGAACUUUUUUGUCCUGGAGGGAAACUGUAUGUGUAAACUACAAACAUUUCAAUCUUCAAAUAUAACCAGAAGUUUUCACAAGAUAUUCCCAUUUUUACUCACUGUACCUUUAAAGGGGUUAUACCAGAAAGAUUGUAUUUGUUUUGCUUGGAAACCCUAAUUCAGAUUCACACAGCACAUAUAAUGUAGCUCCUCUGAAUAUUUUCAUAAAUGACUCAUCUUGAUUGAAACCAACUCUGUUAAAACUGGCCAUUCACCAACCGGUAUGUUUGUGAUAAAUUAAGCUCAACUGCGACUUUUUGUAACUUUUGUAUAAAUUUAUUUUCAAAGAUUUCUUAAGAUGCACAACUCUGGACAAAUAACAUUAAUAACUUUAUUUUUCCGUUUUUGUUUUUUUUUUUUUUUUGUGUCUCUUAUAUUGUUUUGUUUUUUGAUUUUUGACAUAAAAGUUAAAAUUGCAGUUGCAUUUUGUUUUAUUCAGCUUAUGUAAGAUCCGCUCCAAUACAAACAUACAGUUAGUUGAAUGUUGAUCAUCAGAACACCCUUUCACCACUUCUGUCACUCACUUUAACAUGCGCAUUUUUAAAGUAUAUCCAAAGUUGUACAGUAUGUCUGAGAGUGAUCUCUAAAUAUACGGCCUGUCCUCAGUAAAGGUCAUGUACUAUAUUUAUGUUUUCACAAUCACAUGUGGCUUUAGGAUCUGGUUUCAGUAAAAAUUUAUUUAUGGAUUUCAAGUAUUGCAAUAAAUGCAUUCUCAUACUUACUUAAAGUCCCAAGGGUCAGAUCAUGUCAAUUCAACACCUGCUUUAAAAUAAUGCCAGAUACAGUUGCUCUGUUGAUGCGGCGCACACGCCACAGAUUAAAACACCAAUCCAUAUCCAAAGUGAAGACAAACAGAUAUAAACUAUUGGAAUCUCUGUGAGUGCAAGUUAAACAUAUUGUAGCUUAUAAAUGCAAGAGCUUUAAGAAUUUCAACAUAUGACAUUUUAAGGUUGUAGGAGUACAAAUGUUAAGGCCAAGUUUUAUGCAUCAUUCAGUGGCCGUCUUCUGUAAAGCAGACAUAGAGACCGAUAUUUGCACCAGGGCCGAGUUAUAUCACAUCAAGGACUCAAAAGGCCAUUUUAUGCUGGAGGAAGAAUCCACUAUCAUAUUUAUGUUGACCCAAGAUAUAUUUCUGUGGACCCAAACUAUAUAAGAUAAAGAAGUGUAGAUUUUCUAGACCAUAAUGAUUAGUGUUACAGUUUUAUAGGGGUAUUGAUGGACUAGUCAGGCUUCAUUUGAUAGUACAAAUCUAUAAUGGGAGCUAAAUACUCUUCAACUGCAUUAAUAAUUAUCAACCACCCAAACCAAACUAGCCCAGACCCUGAAACUACAAAUCAGUGUGUAGGCUAAGCCACUGUGUUGAUCCUGCUCCAAGUAGCAUAAGUAAUCUCCUCUGCUCAGUUACUGCCAACAGUAAUUAAAACCUAUGCUUAAUUGAUAGACACCUCUCCAAACAGUGUUAGUUUAUGUCGCCUGACAAUGGUUGCCCCCCCUUGACUAAUUACUGUGCCAAAAUGUACAUGCUUCAUCAGAGCAACUACUUCACAACCUUAGUUGUUAACCUUAGCUCACCUGAGUGUCUGCCUGAGUUUGCGGCAUAAAGCAAUCACUACAAAAUGAGUAAGUAUUCGAAGAACUAUGAGGCCGGAGCGAUACAAGGAAAUUAGAUGGGCAUUAGUGUUGAUUGAUAUGAUAUCAGUACAUCAAAUUUAGCUUAAUGAUGUGUGAGAUCCAUUGUCUGAGAUAGUUAAGACAGUCUGAUCCAUCUUUUGUCUGUUCUGUGACAUUUUGUUUUAAAAGUCCCACAACACCCGAAAAAGCACCACCUCCAUCUUUACUUACACAUCAUUUUCCAAGCAAUUUCACUUCAUGUACCCUAGAAUGAGGGAAUUUUUCCAUAGUGACAGAAAUAAUAUUAUGGUUUUUAUGAAUUUAUUUUCUGAUCUCAGUCUCUCUAUUUGCUGAUAUUCUGGGAUAUUUUAUGGUUUGGUCAGGACAGGUAUGAAUAAGCCUUUGGGCCUCAGUCUGCUCCUUUUUGGGUAAUGGUUGUGUGGAGGAUAUUGUGUAAAAUCAUAAAGAACAUACACAUUAUUCUGUUUUUGGUAGUUUUAGAUUCACACAAAUUGUAAUGCUUUGUCGACAUAACAUAAUGUAAAAAAAAAUAAUUUUAAUCAUUCAUUCAUUCAUUUUUUAAUUUACACUUUUCUUAAUCUUAAUUAAUUAGGAAAUGGCCAGUUUGAGUGGAAUAAAAGGAGUAAAUAAUGUCAAUUCUCAGCUUUUGGAGAACGUCUGAGAAGCACAUGAACCUAUUGCUGGAAAAACAUUCUCAUGAAUAAAAAACAAAGAGGGAAACUUUUGGAGAGCCUUUUUCAGUUUCAUAAGUGAUUUCUAUGAGAGUGGCCAAAACCAGCAAAACCUUUGGACAAAUUUGAGUCAGAGACAGUCAAAGGAUUCAGAAGGGAACUUAGUGAAAAAACACAGGGUAUUCAGAAGGGAUUUGCAAAUUAGUUUAAUUAUCUUGAUGAAUCGGAGCUUAGAUGGGCAACCUAUGAAAAGACUUCUGAAAGAUUAACUUGACAAAAAUCCCCACACCCACAACACUCGAAAAGGUUAAAACAUCAGCUUGUUUAAAUGGUUUUCCCAUCAUAUCCUGAAACAUUUUGGACAAACUGGCUCCCAUCCCGACUGCUGUACUUGAAGGAAUGUUCUCACAAGGGGAACUGCCAGAAACACUUUAUGAUGCUCUUAUCUCCCAAGGUGUUAUAAAAGACAAAGACUGGUGAUUGAAGGUCAGUUUGAUUUAUGUGGGCUGCAGAAUUAUGAGUAACAUUCUCAUAAUGAGGCAAAAAAAAAAGUGUUUUACCACACUUAAGGGCACAUUUUGAAAUUAAGGAUUGGGAUCUUGCCAAGUUUGACACAAUUCUCCGUUUUAAAAUCUCCCUUUCACUUUCCUCUAAGAUCCUGCUUAUGUCUCAUAAUCCUCCUUCAUCUCUGCAUGACCUGCAAUGUUCAAUCUGCCCGCUAGAUGUCCGCUGACUUUCCCUCCUUUACAUCACUUGACCCCACCCAGUCACACACCUGUUACCACUCCUCUUCAGCCCCGUCUCAUGUGCUUCCACCUCUGUCAUCACUCUGCCUCCGCUCAGCAUACCAGUGCACUUAGUUAGAUCACGGCCAGAUAUAUAACUGUUUUUGAACUCUCAGAGGCAUCAUUGCAAACAAGUACUUUAGUGUACGGCUGUAGAGGAUCGUCUCACCUUGCAUUUCUUCUUCGGCAUUUGAAAAUAAUUAUUUAGCUGAUAAAUGUUGCGUGAAUACUAUCCAGGGACCAGAAGGUGAGAGUUACACCUUAUAUUGUGUAACAUUUUAUACAAAGUUAAAAUAAAGUUUUUGCUCAUUCACUGUGACCUUGUGUUGACACUCUCUAGCAUGCAACGUUGCAUCACGUCUAACCAAUGGAGUGAAAGCAGUUUGGGAUAUUGGAGUGUGCGUGAUUCUAGUGUUGAUUGGCAUUUCUAUAUUGAUACAUCAUUUAAUGAGACACUCAACUGAAUGAGACAUGAUUAAGUGCCAGCACUGCGGUGUUUCAAUUCCGCUGAAACCUGUUUUUGAAGACAGUUAAGCAACUAUUUGACCCAUGACCCAGUUAAUGAAUAUAAAAUGGCCCAGUGUAAAUUUAGCUGUGUAAUGUAUUAAUAUUAACAUGCUGUUCCUAAAAACCGGUCUCUGGUGGAAAACACUUCCUCCAACCCUUGGCAUAAUGACCAUCCAAGUCAGGCUUCUUCAAAAUGGGUCAACUACAAACAGUAGAGAAAAACAGUCGCUCAAAUCAAAGUGCAAAAAUUAGAUCAUAGGCUGAUUCAGCUUCUGCCAAGAUCCUUAAGACAAUUCAGAAUGUGGCUCAGUGCCGUUUGCGGCCUUCAAGUGCCAUACACACUUCUGAAUGGUCCUUGGUGCCUAAACAGUCUUUAGAGCAACAUGGCAGCAUUGGAUGCAACGUUACAUGAUGUCCCAAAGGGGCUGGAUUGGAUUCAGGUCUGGGGAAUGGACUGGCCAGUCAACAGCAUCAAUGCCUUUAUCCUCCAGGAACUGCUGCUGACACAAUCCCGCCACACGAGGCCGGGCAAUGUCAUGCACCAGAAGGAACCCAGGGCACCAGUAUAUGUUUUGACAAUGGGUCCAAGGAUCUCAUCACAGUACAAAACAGCAGUAAAGGUACUUCUGGCUAGCACAUUAUGGUCUGUGUGGCCCUCCAAAGAAACGCCUUCCCUGACCAUUGCUGAACCACCGUCAAACUGGUCAUGCUAGAGCAGCAAAAUGUUUUUUCACGGCAUCUCCAGACUCUCUCAAUCUGAACCUGCUCCUCUCUUCUGGGAAGAGAACACGGUGCCAAUUCUGGUGUUCCUUAGCAAAUGCUUAACAGGCUGCGCGGUGCCAAGCUGUGAGAACAGAGUCCACUUGUGAACAUCAGGCCCUCAUGCUACCCUCAUGGGGUUUCCAACAGUUUGGUCAGAAACCUGCACACAAGUGGACUGCUAAAGGUCGUUUUGUUGGGGGUUGGCAGUGCCCCUUCUGUUUCUCCUUGCUUAAAGAAGCAGAUGGCUGUCCUGCUGCUGGGUUGUCCCCCUCCCCUGGUGUACUCCUUCACACUCUUGACAGUGUGGUGGGUAACAACAAACCCUUUGGCCGUGGCAUGUGUGGAUGUGGCCCUCUGGAGGAGCUGCACUACCUGGGCAACUUCUGCUGACACCACCUAAUGCUAAUACUUGGUCAUGAAAACAGUGGUCCAGUCCCUGGUUUUGACAUACCUGGAGUACUGCUCAGUCCUUUGGUCCAGUGCUGGACAGGGGCACUUGAAAAAACUGCAGCUUGCCCAGAAUAGAGCUGCCAGGGUAGCCCUUGGUUGUUCUUAUAGAACGAAUGUGAAUGAGAUGCACACCGUCUCAGGGUGGUUAAAGGUACAGAACAGGCUGAAUAUGAAUAUUCUUUGCCAUAUACAAACUGUCAUAUUCAAAGUGUAUCCAACUUCCUUUGUGGACAAAUUGGUGUACAGUGGCUAUCAACAUGUCACUUGGCAGGUUAGCUCUGGUCAUUUAUUUGUUCCAUUCUCCAAGUCUAAUUGUUUGAAGAGGAGAACAGUGUUAUUUAGAUCUUUGGAAAUGUGGAAUCAAUUGCCUGGGAGCACACAGCAAAUAAGCAGUAGGUAUUAUUUUAAAAGGACUUUAAAACAAAACAAAACAAAACUGGAGACCAGCAACCAUUUUGUGGAAGCCAAAAGGGUUCCAAACAAACAAAUAAACUCGUAGCAAUGGCGCUUGAAAAUGCAAAACUUGCUUAGAAGCAGCUAGAGAGGAUAGGCGAGGUCUUAAUUUUUUUAGAAGUGUACAUUUCACCAUUGCCAGAUAAUCUUCCUUCUUUGAUACGACUGUAAGCAGUUGUUAGGAUGAGUUUCUUUAGCCAGUCUUGUCAGCCUUGAGAGCGGUGGAGCUGUCAUUCAAAUACCUCAGAUACUUCAGUGUUAGAUUGCUGGAGCCGGGGGCCUCCAACAACCAUCUUCAAUUGUACCCAUAUUUUACAUCACACAGGUCCCCAAAAUAUGUUCUGUCAUGGUAUUUCCUUCUAUGGACCCGCCAUAUGUUCACCUAAAGCUCCUUAAAAUAUGUUGUCCUUUGUUGUUACCGUACAUGGAUUUUUCUUAGGGUCAACUAAAUGUCAGCAGUAUGUUUAGAAAUGUGGACAACUAUAUAUACUUGAACGGCCUCAGACGAAACUAUGGUUACGCUUCUGUUAUGCUUCUGUUACGCUUUGCUAGACUUUGUUACACUUGCUGUAACCAGGAUCUGUAACCAGUAAAGCUUGUCGAAAUGAUCAUUCAUGUGGACCUUCCAGUUUUUAUAGUGUGAACAUGGGCUAGGCAUCCUUACAGCAGUGAACCCAGAAAGUCACCAAGUUGCCAUCAAAACAGGAAAUAAAAUGUGCGGUUUACUUUGCAUGUUUAAAGUGCUUUACUCACACUUGCAGGUGCAUUCCUCAUUCCUUAUACCCUCUUCCUCAUCACCUGCGGCAUUCCUCUGUUCAUACUGGAGACAGCACUGGGCCAGUACACCAGUCAGGGAGGAAUCAUGUGCUGGAGGAAGAUCUGCCCCUUGUUUGAAGGUGAGUAAUACCUGCUAGGAUGUACAGGUCAGAAUUUAGCAAAUUAAGGAAGAAUUGCAGAGUAUUAGAAUUCGGAUAUUUUCCUCUGUUUCCAGGCUUGGGAUAUGCAAGUCAACUCAUUAUUUUUUACGGCUCAAUCAGCUACAUGGUGAUUUUAGCCUGGGCAUUUUUCUACUUCUUUUCAUCCUUCGCCAGCAGCCUGCCAUGGGCCAGCUGUAACAACACAUGGAAUACAAGUAAAUUAACUCUCAUCUCAUUUAUUUAUAUAUUUAUUUAUUUAAUUUUUUGUUAUGUAGAUAUAAUGAAAAUGAGAGUUUUAUCAAUGGUUCAAGUCCAUUUUGAUUUUAAACUAACGAGGUAAAGGCCGCUAUUGUAUUGGGUUUUGUAAUACUAGUUUGUCUGGUAGUAGUUAUUUGUCUUGACUCUAGUACUAUUGAUAAUUGAACAAGUAGUAUUGAUUUAAUAAUGCAUUAAUUGAGUAGGCACUGUCAGUUUUAACUGUGUUUGUCAAAACUCUGCUACAUCACAGAUUCUUGUGUGGUACUGAACACCUUUAAUGCCUCUGCCAACGGGACCUUCCCUGUGAAUGCAUCAUCAUCCAUAAUGGAGUUUUGGCAGUAAGUUUUUUUUAUCAUAGACUGUAUAUAGAAUGGACGCCGUCUGCCUCCUCGCUGGGUGAAGCAACCCCGAGAACAGCACCCUCUGGUGACGGGCUGCAGUAUAGGUCAUAAAUCCCGCCUCUUCCAGCAAUCCCUAUGGAGCUGUGGACAAACUUUAAACAUUUAUCAUACAGAAUAUAAAUUUUUCUCCCCACUGCUUGUGAUGUUGACAUGUAGUUACUGUAAGACUGGUUUGUGCUUAAGUCCUCUUUUAUCUGUAGAGCUCAAUUUUUAGUUAUUCAGGGGUUCAUGUUUUCUAUGAUUGACACCUGAUACAGCCUAUGGGUGUACAAGGAUUGCAUAGAUCACCCAGGGGGAUACACUGUUUGAGCUGAGCGUCAACACAGCGACUCUUGGCGACUCUCCCGCCGAAUGCGUACAAUGCUACUGCAGAAGUGGAGAAGUGCGUACAACGCUACUGCGCAAUGUUGGUUUCAGGAAAUGAAGAAAAAUCGUGGAAAUACAGAGAGCUUUUCGGCUUCAAAUCUGUAAACUGGUGGAAGGCGGAACUAAGUUGUCCAUAGUAUAUACAGUCUAUGGUUUUUAUCUACUAAAUUGAACAUUAAUUUGUAAAUUGUCAAAUAAAUUUGUCAAUAGCAGGGACAAGAGGAGCAAGAAUUGUGUUUGAAAAUUUUCAGUUUUGUUUAAUUGGGUGCAAAUCCUAAGAUACGUAGCUGGCACACUCAGAAGCUGGAAAACGCCAGAUCUGUUAUGACAGAAAUAGUCAGCAAAUCUGAAGUUACAUAUGAAUUUCCCGCUGACACACAUAAUCUCAAUUAUUGCCUGGCACAGGUUGGGCGUGUUUGAACUUUUCUCAAGUUACUGACAUAACUGUUAAUGUUGUUGUGCAUGUACAGGCAGGAUGACUUCCAAGUUUACAGGUUUUAUAAUUACGUUUUAUGGCCUUGGGUAACCCCUGACGUAACUGCGACUAAUGGCCUAAUCAGCCAGGAUAACAAAAAUGCCUGGGUGUGAUCAAUUAUGAAAACUUUCAAACAACUUUUAUGAAAUAAUCCAUUUCAUCCUUUGGUGUGUUCAAGGUCAUCUCAUGUCUACAACAGCGGAGGAAGCACAAAUCAGGCUUAUCCUCCAUCUAAAUAGUGAACACAUAUUUAAAACAGCCUCUGUUUUCCUCAUACCAUGUUGUUUUCAUUUUAUGUGAGCAUGUUACAAAUUGAAUUUUUCAACGAUUCAUUCAACCUCAAUCAGUCAGUUGUUCAAUUAAUUAUAAUUUGAAACUGUGUUUAUGUUAAAGUCAAACGAGCACCAGAAUCAGCCUGCUGUAUGAUUGAUCAACCAUACACUUGGAAUACAAAUAUGUACAUGUGGAUUGGAUUAAAAUUGUUUAGAUGUAACAUGCAUCACAAUAGAUAUUUCAAAUAAUUGUUAAAAUCAUAAAAUUUACAGAUAAGUUGCUCUGGUAUAUAUUUUUACUUUGGAGAGAAAAAAAAAUAUUAAGCUGUAAUUAUGUAUAUUGCUUAAGAAUGUGUGACAGAGUUCAAACAUCAUAAAUCAGAGAAAUUGUUUGUCUUUUCUUGGGUGGGACACUUUCACAGCCACAAACCUCUAAUGUAGCUAACGUAUGAUUCCACUGCUCACCAUAACACUUGUCCUGAUCAGCCAGAAUAAUUGAAUAACCUGUGUGCUGAAGCUGAAGAUGGCUUUAUUAUAAGAGCAUGUAAAAUCAUGAAGAGAUUGCUCAUCUUGGCUCUUAUUAAACCUAUCAUGAUAGACUAAUUGACUUGUCAGUCACUGAUGUAACUGAUAACUCAAAUUAUGUCGGCUUUUGCUAGGGCGGGGCUCUGGCAUGUCUUUGAGCACUGAUUUUUCUCAAACAUAAUCAAGUGGAUUUAAAAAUUUGUAUGUUUAUUGUGCUCAGUUUGCUCACUUAACAAUAAGAAAACAGGAAGCCUGAUACACAGGCAGCAAGGCCAGAAAAUCAAAACAUAGAAAUGGAAGGUAUUUUGCCUCAUAAACUUGUAGGAUGGCUCUGUUGCCCAAGAACAAUUCAGCAAAUGACAGCAGGAGCUGGGACCAAACUGCCAACCUUUUUGUUAUUAGGAGAUGACCAACUCAACCACUGAGUCGCUGCCUCAUGCUUUUAUUUUUAACUGGGGGUGUUAGAUGUGGUCGAGUCUUAUACUGUUGUACACUCUGUAGCUUCAUUUUUGGCAAACUAAAAUGCAUAUUCCUCAAUAAUUACCCGACGUUAUCUUGUUUCUUUCAGACGAAGGGUGUUGAGUAUCUCAUCCGGCAUUGACGUCUUUGGGCACAUACAGUGGGACCUUUCUUUGUGCCUCCUUGUGGCCUGGAUCAUCUGCUACUUCUGUGUAUGGAAAGGAGUGAGAUCCACAGGAAAGGUGUGACUGCAGAACAGAUUUUUACUCAAACUUGCAAAGUUUCACUUUGAUUUCUCAGCAAUAGUCCACACUUUUUAAUGUACAAGAGGUCACACACAGGGAUACAUAACAGUCUGCAUUGUUGACAUCUUUAUUUCAAUCAUCCAAACAACCAGGAGAGGUAUUAGGAAAUCUUUUAUGAUGCCAGUUUCGAAGACUCACGUGUCCUCUACGACAAUUACAUGUCAACUGACAACAGAGGCAGGUGUUCAAACUUGUAAUGGCAUUAUUAACUCGUAAUUUUUUCAAGCACGUGUUGGUUCAGUCAACAGUAUGUUGCACCAUUUGCUGAGAUAACAGACAAUACAGUCUUUUAAAAUAUGCAAACCUGUGUUUUUUUCCCCCUCUUGACGACCUUAUUUGCAAUCAAAUGCUGUGUUAGGUAAACACAUUCAAUAGUAAGAGCAUGUUAUAGCUGUUAGUAACUUGAAACCGUUUCACAACCCGGUCUGUAACUGUCUGUCUGGCUCCUCCUGUGCCCAGUGAGCAGGGCAAGACGUCAGUGGUUAUAAAAAAAUAAUACCAAGGCCAAAAUAAGCAUGCAUAUGCAGGUUCUUUUGACUUGAAGGGUGCUUUUACCUGCCAAGACACCUGUCUUCACUUGUGUACGCAUGCUCUGCCUAAUUGCACCAAAAUGCUUCUUUGUCUUACAUGACUUAAGAAGGAUAAUGGUGUCCUGACAAUGUUUCAAUUCAAUCAAGUAGUUAUCAAACACAUACAUAAAGCUAUUUGAAGCAGACUGAUUAUGAAACAACAAAGAACGCUGUAGAUGCUAGCUGUACUACUCUCCUCUAUUAUCUGUAAAAUAGAUCUGUGUUUCUUAAAAAAAACGAAUCUUGCACCUGUGGUUGCUGUUGACCUGCUGCCACUUGUAAUCCACUCUCAUACGCCUAUCACUUUCAAGCCUAAGGUGUAUAUGUUAAAUCAUUGUGACGGAUUUUUCUCAGGUCAAAACUGGCCAGAAGCCAAAUCUGUCAUUUGUGUGCAGCCCUAAGGUUAAGCCAGAAUGGUGUGAAGUCUGUGUUUGAGGUUGUGUGAUUUUGUAGCGCUCACUGUAAGACUGUUACAUGACAGAGACGUUUGUAAUAGAUCUGCUCAUCUAUCACCCAUGGUUCCAGUAAUCACUCCCUUCUGCUGUUUUUUUUCCCCUUAUAUGCCUCAAGCUCAACUUGUACAAGUAGAUCUCCUUAUUUGACUGGUUCUUCGACAGGUUCACAGGCACUGUACAUCCAGAGAAACCUGAUAUGGUUCAACUUACUGCUCUGAAAGAAGCAAUAGAGUCCUGGGUCACAUAAGAGAUGAAAUGUUUUACAACUUGCGCAGCUGCAUCAAGGGGUAGUGGAAAAGUCACUGUCCUGGCAACACCGCUGGGUUGUGUAAUGGCAAGUUGUGUAAUGUGGUGAUGCAGUGUUACAAAACGACAAUAUUAUAGGAAAAAUUGAAUCUUCACUAACACAUAUAAGCUUUAUUUAGCAAGUAUGUGUGCUAAAACAAUUGACUCUGAAUUGAAUUUGACUCCGGUAACUUUCAAAAUAUGUACAAGCUUUUUCUUAUCCUAUUCCAAACUUCAAAACGUGCAGUUUGAUCAGGAUCAGUGUGCUAUUACUUUUCUCUAUUGUAUAGGAAUUUUGGCUAAUGUUAGUUGUGAAAAACUGCAGAAUGAUUUUGCAUUAAAGUCAAUGGGACAAGUGAAGAGAGCAACUAUUUGAAUUUUUAAAUGUUUACCGCUUUUUGAGAAAUUUUGAGAUUAUAAUGGGUGUGUAUUGCGUGGAAUCUAAUGCUGUGUUCAAGUUACCUCGGAAGUCAGAUGUCGGAGCUGAAAAUGACAUCACACCUGAGUUACCAGCAUUGAAAAAAAAAAAUCGGAUGCGGAAACAAGAUGGCUACAUCUGCGAAAGUUAUUUUAGCGCUUGCCUUGUCCGAAUAUAAGGCAAGCGCUAAAAUAACUUUCGUAGAUGUAGCUAUCUUGUUUCCAUGUCUGAUUUUGCUUUUUCCGACUUGGUAACUAAAACGCUGGUAACUCGGGUGUGACGUCAUUUUCAGCUCCAACAUCUGACUUCUGAGGUAACUCGAACGCAGCAUUAGUGCCAGAGUGGGGGAUAUCAUCGGCUAGAGUGAGAGAAGUUGCGUUGGUUUAGGAUUUUCUUUAUUGUAGAUUAGUUUUAUAUCACAAAAAACUAUGGAAAAAAUUUGCAUUGAAGUCAACAGGUCAAGCCAAAAAAAUAGAGCAAUUAUUGGAAUUUUAAAAAAGCCUACUACCUUGGCUCCAUUUUUUGUCUGUUGUAUAAAUAAAUACUCGAAGACAGAAAGUUUAAUGUCAGUGUGCUCCUUGUAGCUAAUAUAACAAUGCUACUGGUAUUAUUUAUUUGAAAUCUCUGAAGAAUCUCAUCGUAAUGGACACACCCCAGCAGUAGCCCCUGUGGCCCUCUCAAAAUUUCCCACAAGGAAUUUUUUAGUUGAUAUCUAACUAUUUGUGGCUGUUCAUGCUGUCAGUGGAAAGCACCUAUCUGUCAAGGCAGAAAGUGCUAUGGAUAUAGAGAACUAUUGUACUGUAUCAAUAACAUGCAUCAUAGCAAACUCAUGUUAAAUUGAGGUAUUUUCUGUUGAAAUUCAGGCUACCUACUUCACCGCCACAUUUCCUCUGGUAAUGCUCGUAGUGCUGUUUUUCCGAGGAAUGACCCUUCCUGGAGCCCUCCUUGGCAUCAAGUACUACCUGUACCCCAAUCCUGCGAGGCUUGCUGACCCCCAGGUAACACCUUAAUUGCAAUAACUGUUUCACUAUUUGAUAGCAAAAGGAAAGUUUUGGUGAAAUGAUAUAUCUUUGGCUAACAGGUUUGGAUGGAUGCUGGAACACAAAUAUUUUAUUCCUAUGCCAUAUGUUUGGGAUGUCUCACAACACUUGGGAGCUACAACAAGUACAACAACAACUGUUACAGGUGACCGCCCGAUGACAGUUGUGGGGGGAAAGAUUUUAAAUGGGAGUGGGGCUAGGUGAUUAAAAGCAGGUGGUAAUGAUUACUUAUGCAAAAAAAUUAACAAUGAAAAUUAAGAGAAAGUUAUUCUAAAAAAGCAUAUAGAGUUAUCAAAUAGAUUUAAUUAUUCUGAAUUGGUUGAAAAGCAUUUUACUAAGUAAUGGCAUUUAUCAGCACAUGUACUUGCAGCUAUUGAGACGGUACACAAUAAACACAGACAUUAAGACGGUCCUGACCAUAAACAGAUACUAUUUGUGAGUCUAAAAUAUCCUGUGAACCAAAAGGAUAUUUGUAUUUGUAGCUUUAUUUUUGGUAUGGCUAACAUUAAGAUGAGAAAUAUUGCAUCAUUAGCUGAAUUCAGCUCACAACACUCACAGUUGUACAGCAUGUUUUCACCACUGACAUCCGGGGUUUUCAUUGCCUUCUUGUUCGCUGUGUCGUUCCCAUCCAUAAGUACAUUUUGCUGGACUCGGUCACCAAAAUUACUUUAGUGCCAAAGCGUUUAAUGUUAAGACGAUUAGUUUCGACAAACUCUAAAGCUUUAUAUUCCUGAUUGUGAUAGCUGCUGAAAUAAAACAUAUGUGUGUUUAUGUCAUGUGUUUGGACCAUAGACUGUAUAUAGAACGGACAGCGUCUGCCUUCUUGCUGGGCGAAGCCACCCCGAGAACAGCACCCUCUGGUGACGGACUGCAGUAUAGGUCAUAAAUCCCGCCUCCACCAGCGAAGCUUAUGGGACUUUGGACAAACUUUAGAAAUUUAUCCGCGCAACCCCAUUUUUAAAAUUUAUUAGGGGGUUCAUGUUUUCUUUGAUUGACACCUGAUACAGCCUAUUUGCAUUCAGGGAUUGUGUAGUUCACCCAGGGGAUACGCUGUUUGAGCCGAGCGUCAUCACAGUGACUCUCCCGCUGAAUGCGCACAUCGCUACUGUGCAGCGCUGGUUUCAGGAAAUGAAGAAAAAUCACGGAAAUAUCGAGAGCUAUUUGGCUUCAAAUCCGUUUACAGGCGGGAGGUGGAGCCAAGUUGUCCAUAGUAUAUACAGUCUAUGGUUUGGACCAGUUUGAAACAACCAAUCAAAGCAGAGAUUGAGCAGCACCAACAGUCAUCACCACAAACUUGAUCAAAUUUUUCUGCUUCUUUGAUAAUAUGACAAAUUAUGAAGUUUAAAUAAUUCUCAUUGUAUUUAUAUUAAGCCAUCACCAAAAUGUUGCUACUGUAUGUGUAAUUCUUGUAAGUAAAACACCAUAAAUGUCAUAAAGUCAACUUCACUUAUUUUCCAUUCACCCAUUUACCUUUGUUUUCUGAUCUGAUUCCAUUGUUAAAACCUAAAAAUAUCUGUAUUUUUGUUUUUCAAUUUAAUUUACUUAGAGAAUCGUGGUAAUAUAGCAGUACCUGGAUACCAAUAAACGAGUGAUGACUAUUUUUUUUCUGGAUUUGCAGAGACUCCUUCUUUCUUUGCCUGCUGAACAGUGGAACAAGCUUCAUGUCUGGCUUUGCAAUUUUUUCUGUCCUGGGCUACAUGUCACAAACCCAAGGUGUUGAAAUUUCCACAGUAGCAGAGUCAGGUAUGCAAGUUAAAAAUACUUGGCAGCCAGAAUAUAUAGUUGUGUCCCACAUUUUUCCCUUGAAAAUAUGUAUAAAUGUGAAUUUUAAUUAGCAUUUCUCUUUCCUUAAUCAGUGUUGUUUCCUAUCUGCAGGACCCGGCCUUGUGUUUAUCGUCUACCCACAAGCUGUGACCCUUCUUCCAUGGUCUCAGGCAUGGUCCAUAUGCUUCUUCGCCAUGAUUAUCUUGUUAGGGAUAGACGGACAGGUCAGUUGCAGUUAUCUUUGAGUCCCUCAAACAUAUCAUGCAAAUAACUCUUUCUGUCAACUCUGAAGUAACCAUUUUUUGUUGUUGUUAUUUUCCAGUUUGCUGGCCUUGAGAGCAUCAUGACAUCUCUUGCAGAUAUCUACCCAACCCAGAUUAGACAGGGGUGUCGUAGAGAGCUUCUUCUAUUGCUGAUAUGUGUUGUUAGCUAUUGCCUCAGCCUGUCACUAGUUUCAGAGGUGAGCUCUUUAAAGUACACAUAUUAGUAGUCACACAAAAGCACAUAAUUAUGUUUGAAAUACUUGCUGUCUAAAGGAUAAACAUCGAGUACUGGGAGUGAUUUCCAUUUUUAUUUAUUGUUGUUUCAUCUGUAGGCAGGUGCAUACAUUCUGCAGAUCUUUGACCACUAUGUGUGUAGUGGUCCCGCUCUUCUGUUGAUGGCAAUCCUGCAGUCGGUGAUUAUUGGAUGGAUAUAUGGUAAGAUAUUUUUCAGUCAGGAGUCAGUCUUUGGGAUUUUGGUACAUGCCAAAAUGUAAAAGAUUCUCCAUUUAGCAUUGAUUAUAAACACAUGAAAUGUGUAACAUAUUUAUUUAUGAAAUCACACUUUUAUGAUGUAUACUGGGUCAAGACUGCUCAAUGUUUAAGAGUCCAUCUCUGGUGAAGGUUACCAUAAAGGAAGAGCAGAAAACCAAAUAAAUCACAAAACCACGAAAAGUAUGAUUACCAAUCUCAGUAAUCAUAAAUGCUGUUGCCAUUCACUUAAUUAAAAACUGAAAUGAAGCACAAUAACUUUUACUGGGUUCACAGUUAAUAUAAUGUGGUCAAUGUGUUUGUCUCUAUUGUAGGUGCUGAACGCUUCAGUGAUAACAUAGAGGACAUGAUUGGCUACAAGCCUCUUUCCGUGUUUAAGUACUGCUGGAUGUUUGGCACCCCUGCUAUCUGCUCCGUAAGUUUUUUAGACCAUCAAAAACAAAUUAGCCAUUCAUUUAUGCUAUGUUACAAUGUUUGAUUUUUUUUUUUUGUCUGGCAAAGGGCACCCUUAUAUUUUUGCUACUACGAUACACCCCAAUGAGGUUCAACAAUUACUACGUUUAUCCCUGGUGGGCGUACUGCAUCGGCUGGUUUCUGGCCAUGUCAUCGCUUGUUCUGAUCCCAACGAUCAUGAUCUGCAAGCUGGCCAAAGGCAAAGGGAGCCUUUGGCAGGUGAAUGCUGGCUGUUGGUUGGUUUUAAAGGGAGCAUUUAAGUUUGGUAACCUAGAUUGUUUGUUGAGUAUGUGUUUUGUUUAACUGCAUGUGUGUAAUGUUAUGGCCUUUAACAGUAUCAUUACCUCUCCCCAGCGUCUGAAGCAAAGCUGUAAAGCGGCAGAUGACCUUCCACUGAUGGCAAAGGACAUGGCAAGCUUGAGUGUUCCACUUCGUGUCCGUGAUAAUGGUAAAAAUGAAAAACUGUAAUGAAUGACCUAGUCAUGCUUACAAAAGUCUCAUUGAGGCUUUUACUUGUCUAAACAAAUACUAGGGUUUACUACUUUGUAUAACUUAAUUUCCCACCCUCUCUCUCUCUGUCUGUCCUUCACACAUUGCGCAUGUCUAUAUAUAUAUAUAUAUAUAUAUAUAUAUAUGUAUAUAGAUAUACAGUAUAAAUUAUAAAUAUAUACACACACAAA